AUACAGAAAUAAGAAAAUUAAGAAUUAAUAAUAAUAGUAAUAAUAAUAAUAAUCUCUUAUCGGCUUUCGCCUAUUAUGCUACCUAUAUUCUAAUCAUUUUUAAGUCUAUUUAUUUAACCAAAAGGUUCUUAUUUUUAGCAUUCAUGAUUAAAACUGAUUAAUGCGCUAAUGUAAUACAUGACGUAUGAUAACAUAACCAAAAGAUGUACUAAUGUGUGCGUUCUACAUAUUAAAUUAAUUUUAUUUCAUAAAAUAAAAGUAAUUCAAAUAUGAAAUGAAAUGAAAGUGAUAUAAAUCAUAAUUAGAGGUAAAAUAAUAUGACAAUGCUGUUGAAUAUUUUAUCUCAUAGAAAUGCAACAAAUUCUUUUUGUAAGUUACAAUUUGUUUAUCAAUCAGUGGUAAGAAAUACUAAAUAUAGGAAUUCUAUGCUUUUUAAAUGUCUCCACUCUUCGUCCAAGUGUACAUUUAGAAUAAAAAAUAUAAGAGAAUGUAAGAAACAAUUAUAUCACGAUUUGAGAAACGUAAAUACAAAUGUACAAAAUAAUGUAAUAUUAUAUAAGAAUAAGGACACUCAUGAUUUCAUAAUAGCGAAACUACUUUUAUAUGGGUGGAUUUUUUGUAAUACAUUAAUAUCAGUGGCGACUUAUAAUCCAAAAUAUAUAACAACAUGGCGUAAGGAUAUAUCUUGGUCAGAGUAUUUAAAAAUAAAUGGAGCAUUAAUCAUGUACUUUGCAUAUUCCAUAAUAAUAGGACCUGCUGGUGGUGUAAUGUUAUAUUUGGUUAAUCACAGAUUGAUAAAAUACGUUAUUUUACAUAAAGGUGGCAAAGAUGUAUCUAUAAUCACUAAUCAUUUAUUUAAAAAACAUGAUACCAUUACACUUCCUCUUGAAAAGGUUAAAGUUAUAUUUGCAAGGCAGGAAAUGAAAUCUUUCUUGCCAAUGAAGAUUCAAGGAAGAAGGUUCUUUUUCAUUCUCGAUGGUCAUGGAAAAUUUUUAAAUGAAAAAUUAUUUGACUGUACAGUUGGAAAUAGAAGACGUUGGUAGAUGUAUUUUGCAGUUAAAUAAAUUAUGAUAAAUAAAUUAGAGAUGUAAUACAGCUA